GGACGCAUGCUCGACAGACAAUCGGACGGUGCCCCUCCAUCCUUCCCACGUACCUGCGGACCCCCAUCUUUGCUCCUAGUGGCUGGCCGUCCCUGACAACAAUUGACUUUAUAGCAUGGCUCCUUCGUUAUGGAACCUCAUGAAGCGUUCAACGUCCAACAGCCCGCCGUCAUCGGUAAGACAGAAGAUGGCACCCGGUAUUGCAAUCCCAGACGCCGAGUCCCGUUCAUCGGGAAGUAGCUUGGAGGUCGCGUCGCAGUUCUCGUACACCAAGAACGAUGACUACUCCAGCUUCAUGAGCGAUGUCAUGGUAGUCGGCGCCGGACCAGCUGGUCUGAUGCUUGCUGACAACCUGGUACGAUAUGGUAUCAAAGCCCGCAUCAUCGACGACCGACCCGACCGCACUUCAACGGGACGCGCCGACGGGAUCCAGCCAAAGACCAUCGAGACUUUGCGCCAGAUGCGAAUCGCUGAGCCGCUGCUACGCAAGGGUGUCAAGAUCUAUGACAUUGCUUUCUGGAAAUCGUCGGCCGAGAAGUCGCUUCACCGCACUGGUCGCGAGAUUCACUACCCACCCGUAGUCGAUUUGCUUGAUCCAUACAUACUGUUGGUACACCAGGGCAUGGUAGAAGGCGUUUUGGAAGACGAUCUACGGGAAAGAGGCGUUGUUGUCUCCCGGAACACGGCCUUCGUCGACUUUGACUAUACGCCCAUGUCCAUUCGUCCACUUACUGUCAAUUGUCAGCAAGACGUCAACCACGCAAAGAAGACUUUCGCCACGCGAUACAUAGUUGGAUGUGACGGCGCCCACUCCAAAGUGAGAAAGACAAUACCAGGUGCGACCCCAGUGGGAUCGUCGACCGAUGCUGUGUGGGGUGUACUGGACGGUGUACUCGAUACCGACUUUCCCGAUAUUUGGAGUAAAGUGGUUAUCCAGUCAGAUGCGUUAGGCUCCGUACUGAUGAUUCCUCGCGAGAGGGGUUUGACCCGUCUCUACAUCGAACUGCGGCCAGGAUCUACAGAGGCGAUUGGAGCGCAGCAAACCACACAAGAAUUCGUGCAAAAGCGAGCGCAGGCGAUACUACAGCCAUACAGGCUCGAGUGGAAGAACGUUGAGUGGUUUGGGCGCUACAAGAUCGGACAGCGAGUCGCGGCGCGCUUCACAGACGACGAGCGACGGGUUUUCAUUGCCGGUGAUGCUAGUCACACCCAUUCCCCCAAGGCAGCACAAGGAAUGAACACAUCAAUGCAUGAUGCCUGGAAUCUGGCCUGGAAACUCAACUUUGCAACGCGUGGUCUUGCGAAGCCUGCGUUACUCGACUCCUACGAGCAAGAACGACAGAAAAUCGCGAAGGAUUUGAUCGACUUUGACUACGAGCACGCGAAUGCGUUCCAUGACGGAGACCCGGCAGCGCUCGCGGCAAAUUUCACAAAGAACGUCGCGUUCAUUUCUGGCUAUGGCGUCAGCUACGACCUUAACACCCUCAACGUUCAAGCGAAAGGUUACAACAGAGGUCAUCUGAAGCCAGGCUACCUACUGCCACCUGCAAAGGUUACGCGCUACAUCGAUGCCAACCCAGUCGAUGUGCAAACCGACAUUCCUGCACUUGGCCAGUUUCGUAUUUACUUCUUCACUCACAAUAUUCGCACGUCGAUGCCCUUCUUAGAGACAGUUUGCCACGCGCAUUCAGGAAACAACUCAUACGUUGGGCGUGUCACGGCUGCUGGUAACGCCUCGUAUACCGUCCAGCCACCUCUCGCAGCACCUCACGAUCAAUUCGUCCUUCCUGAACGGUACACACCCGUCAGCGGUGUCUUCACCUAUGCCUUGGUGACCGACGAGGAUCGCAACAACUUCGAGAUACGAGAUCUACCAGCGGUACUUCGUGAGUCUGCGUUCACGUUAUAUCUCGAUGACAUUCCCGAGAAGGACACGCGAAAGCAAACAUGCAUGGACAAGUGGCUUGAUGGACUUGAUGAGAAGGAGGUUGUUGUGGUCAACGUACGUCCAGAUGGCUAUGUUGGCACAGUGCGGAGAUUCGUUGAUGGCACCAAGGAGAAUGGCAUGGCUGCUGUGCAAUGGAUGGACCAGUACUACGAGCAAUUUCUGAAAGACACGUAAAGUCUACAUAUUCGGUUAUGUUGGUUGUUUUCGGUUUUGUGUGCAUGGCUUUGGAGUUCCAAGGAGAGGCCAGGGUAUUGGCUUCACGCGAAUAGAUGUAUGACUUAGCAGUGUUCUUGUCUCAAUGACCCCACACCUUUUCGUUCUCGCACUUGACUCACACAUACUCCGAUUCUGGAAAUCUUGUUCAUACAACGUCGUGUAAUCUUUCCAUUAAGGCUCAGUAUUGUAGGUGUGAUACAACGAAGACUCAUUUUCUUACAUGCUUAUUUCCGCAUAUUUCCGCUGCAGCUAGCCAAUGUCAUGCACAUAGCAGUUCCCCCACUCUUAUCAACAUCUCCUCGC